AUGUGUGCACAUAGCACAGUGCAGGGGCGUAGAGAGCGGUGCUUUGGGGUGAGUUGCUGGGCGCUGAAGGAGACGUGCCCUGGGGAGGCCGCUGCUUAUGGUGUCGUGGCUUGCUGUGUAUAUGCAUGCAGUCUAUGCACACAAUUUUUGCUGUGGUUGCGCGAUUGUUGUGGCUCCUGGGGGGAGCUGAACGUCAUGAGAACGGGUGCAGUGCUGCCAGCACCUGAGAUGUACGUUAGAUUGUUCAGGAGAGUUUUCGGAGCAGCGGGGCAGGGCAGCAGGCCAUUGAAUCAGGUGUAG